AAGUAACCCGGAAGUGCGUCAAUUUAUACACCCUUCUUGUAAAUGCCUGCGUUUAAUCACGAAGCCACGUUUCAUUUAGACUUUAAUACAGAUUUUCAUCAUGAAAAUAAAUGCAAACACGUUAUUGGAAGGACAUAAAGUCAUGUUGGUCCCGUACAAUGCUGAGCACGUGCCAAGGUACCACGAGUGGAUGAAGUCUGAGGAGCUGCAACAACUGACUGCCUCAGAACCUCUGACACUGGAGCAGGAAUAUGAUAUGCAACGCAGCUGGAGGGAAGACGCAGACAAGUGCACCUUCAUCAUCUUGGACAAACGGCGCUGGGCGGAUUCUGGAGCAGAGGAGGUGCAAUGCAUGAUUGGAGACGUCAACAUCUUCCUGACCGACCCCACGGAUCCUUCCCUGGCCGAACUGGAGAUCAUGAUAGCAGAGCCCAGUUACAGAGGGAAAGGCAUCGGGAAGGAGGUGACACAAAUGAUGAUGCAUUAUGGGGUCACUAAACUUGGUAUCAGCAAAUAUCAAGCCAAAAUCGGCCUGGAUAAUGAAGUCAGCAUUGCUCUGUUCAAGAAACUACAGUUCCAACAGGUGUCAGUGUGUCAGGUGUUCAAGGAGGUCACUUUGGAGACAGCGGUGGACGAGUCACUUCGCCGGAUGCUGUUGCAGCAAGUAGGUCACAUGACCGAGCGGGACUACCUGGCAGCUUGCGACCGAAGACUGGAACCAAAGUCACAGACGGCCACGGACAUUUCCAAGUGAGGUCUUUUGACAGAGGCGUGGAGUCAGCACGUUUAUUUCAAGAAGUGAUCACAUUGCAAGAAGAACGCCGCAAAUUGGCGUGAGAAGACAGAAUUUUUUUUUUUAAAAACAGACGGUUGUACAAAGAGCGACAAUUCCAUAGGAAUUUUCACACGUUUUUGUCUCUCUGCGUCAACGACAAGCGGCAGCAGUGGCCAUCUUAAUGAGAAAGAUUCAUUUCAAAUCCCAGUUUAGCUUUUAGACAUUUGCAUGGAUUCCACAAAGUCCUUAACAGCCGCAGAGAGAUUGCCGAGGAGCCGGCGGACGAUGAUUUCUUGCUCACGGGCCCAAGUCAGGCCCCGGUCCAGGGCGGCGUCCAAUGCCACGCACACGUCCUCCCGCCGCAGCUCCGUCAGCCGGCAGGUGGCUAUCAGAAUGGCCAUGCCGAGCAGCAGCAGCAGGAAGAGCUCGAAGAGAAGAACUAAGGCUGAGCGGCAAGGCUUUGACGCCGACACCGCUACGGUCUUUUUCCCGGCUGACGUGACACAAAGACAGGAGAUUGGUUUUAAAAACAAUGGUUACCUGUUUUUUUAGAUGAAAUAUUUGGAUGUAUGCCUGAUAUUGACAACAGAAAUAAAUAUAUUUCCCCCAUA